AACGUGCAGCUUCUAAUGAGUUCCCUUCGAUUUAUUAAAUUUCAGGACCUGGCAACAGGAUGUCUGAAGCAGCAGCUGGUGAAGGUGGAGCACCCUAUUCUCCGUAUCCCGCAUUUGGCCAUCCAUCUCCAACGUAAUGUGAACGAGAGCUUUGGACCAAACACUGAGAACCACCUGAUCCCAAUUUUGGCCACAGAAGCCCAGGAAGCACUAGAGAAGGAGGUGUCCUAUACAGGUACUGCUUGUACCUCUGCUGUCCAGCAGAAUUGGCAUUCUCCAGCUCUGCUGUCCCUCCUCUGCUCCCAGCUGGAAGUGAAGCCUGAGCAGGUGGUUGAAAUAGAGCUUUGCCUGGUGGAUACACAGCCUGCUACCAUUGGUGGUGCCUUCAAUGAGUUCAUAUUCUCUCCUCGCCUGGACAAUCUCCACAGCUGUUACUGUGCCCUGCAGGCACUGAUUGAAUCCACUGAAGGGCCUGGAACACUUGCCAAAGAGCCUAAUGUGCGUCUGGUUGCAUUAUAUGACAAUGAAGAGGUGGGUUCCGAAAGUGCUCAAGGUGCCAUGUCUCUGCUUACUGAACUUGUACUUCGACGGAUCUCGGCUUCACCGCAGAAUCUGACUGCGUUUGAAGAAGCAGUGCCCAAAUCCUGCAUGAUCAGUGCAGACAUGGCCCAUGCCGUGCACCCCAACUACGCGGACAAGCAUGAAAAGAACCACCGGCCAGAGUUCCAUAAGGGCCCCACGAUCAAAGUGAACAAUAACCAGCGAUACUCCUCCACUGCAGUCACAGAGGCACUGAUCCGUGAGAUUGCUGGUCACGUGAAUGUACCCCUGCAAGAGUACAUGGUUCGGAAUGACUCUCCCUGUGGUACAACCAUUGGACCCAUCUUGGCCUCCAGGCUUGGCUUGCGCGUUGUGGAUAUGGGUUGCCCACAGCUAGCCAUGCACUCCAUUCGUGAGAUGUGCUGCACCUCGGGUGUCUUGCAGUCCAUCACUCUUUUCAAGGGCUUCUUUGAGCUUUUCCCAUCUCUGGAUCAUGGAUUGCUGAGCAACUGAAUGGCAUCUCAAAUGCAGAAUGAGGCAAACAGCCCCCUUCUUCUGUACUGGAUAGUAAUUAAAACACAUCAGUAUCUUAAA